GUCACUUGCCUGUUGGAGCACAAGUUAAUGUAUCUGUAUGAAAACCGGUUAGCCACGUUCAGAAACUGGCCAUUUACUGAGAACUGUUGUUGUACACCAGAAAAUAUGGCGAAGGCUGGUUUUCUACAUUGUCCAACUGAAAAUGAACCAGAUGUUGCCAUGUGCUUUUUCUGUUUGAAGGAGUUGGAAAGCUGGGAGCCUGAAGAUGAGCCCUGGGUGGAACAUCAAAGUCACUCGCCAGCUUGUCAAUUCCUUGCAUUGAAAACGGAUGUAUUGGAUCUGACAGUGGAAGAGUUCUUCAAGCUGGAGAUGGAGCGGCUGAAGUUGUACCUGGUGAGCUUGUUACGGGCGAGGGUCGAUCCAUUCAUUUGA